ACCCCCCUAGCGUCUCUUCCCGCUGUCACCAAACGGGCAGCGGCCUGGGCUGGGCCACCCCCGGGCCAGCCGAGGUGGGGGGUGUCGCUCCCCCUUCCCCUCAGGGCAGGGCCAAGCAGCGCGCCAGCCCCACCCCGCCGCGGCCUCCCCAGCUCCGCCGAGCUGCGCGCUCCCCGCUCCGGGUGGCGGACGCCGCGGCGGCUGUGGGCGGGCCGGCGGGAGGGAGGGGCGAGGCCUGGUGGCGAGGAGCAGCGGCGGGAGAGUCCCUGCAGACCCCUCAGCGCGUGGGAGAGACGGGGGCGGCGGAGGAAGCGACGAGCCGAUGGGAUAUGAGAGAAAUAUAAGGUAAAGAGUGACGCUCAAGAAAGAUGAUAUUUGGAUGUCUUUCCUUCCGGCAACCCUAUGCUGGAUUGGUUUUGAACAAAGUCAAAACAAUAGAGACUCGUUGGCGUCCUUUGCUGGUAGACUAUAAGAACUGCACUAUUGCUAUUCACAUAGCUUUUAAGGACUGGGAAGAUGAAACAUGGAAAGAGAUCCUUCUGAAUAGACUUGGCAUGACACCUACGCAAGUUCAAGAGCUACUAGAUAAAGGGGAAAAAUUUGGCAGAGGAGUUAUUGCUGGGCUAGUUGACAUUGGAGAGACCUCACAGUAUCCAGAAAAUUUAAAUCCUGAAAAGAUUUUGGAGCUGGAAAAUCAAGCUGUACUCACUAGCCUGGAGCAGAAAUAUUUGACUGUUGUUUCAAAUCCAAGAUGGCUACUGGAACCUAUUCCUGCUAAAGGGGGCAAAGAUGUAUGGCAAGUGGAUAUCCCAAAGGAACUGAUCCCUUUGGAACAUUAAGUUAUAUUUGUGCCUACCUGAGUCUAAAGCUGUAGUGUCAGAUGUCAUUAGUUUAGCUUCAUAUAUGUAGGUGAUUUUUAUUUUUUCCCCAAGCUGUCUUCUGGAAUGUAUUUGUGAAUGUUUUUUAUAGAAAUAGAUAUGAGGCAAAAACUGA